GUCAAUAUCAGUUUUCUUAGAUGUGAACCCAUGUGCAGUCACAUGCUCUGUUUGUCCUGUGUCAAACGUCCUAUAGGCAGGGGGAUCGUAAAGGAAAGUAAGCUACUUACGCGUGCUUCCUUUCAAAGAGAUUUCAUUAUGGAUGCAUUGCCUCUGAACGCACAUCUUUGUGCUCUAUGGAAUGACUCAUGAGUUAAACGUUUUGUGAUAUAAAGUUACUGGAGCAUCUACUUUAUAAACCAGCUUUUUGCAUGGAUGCAAAGUAUGGAUACAAAAAGUCAAGAGAACACAACCCAAGAGGACACCACAGCCUCGGCAAACUGCUGUUCACUAGCAGAUAAGGGCAAUUUGCUGGACGAUUUGGAGGACAGCACGAAACUCGUUGGGGUUCAAGUGAUCCUGAUCUUGGCAUACAGCAUCAUCAUUCUGUUGGGCGUGACCGGGAACUCGCUGGUUAUUCACGUGGUGUACAAGUUCCGCAACUUGCACACAGUCACCAACUUCUUCAUCGCGAACCUGGCCGUGGCAGACCUGCUGGUGAAUGCACUGUGCCUGCCCUUCACACUCAUGUACACGCUGUGUGGUGAGUGGCGCUUUGGCCAGGCCAUGUGCUACCUGCUGCCUUUCGCACAGGGCCUGGCCGUGCAUGUGUCCACCAUCACACUCAACGUGAUUGCGCUGGACCGUCACCGCAGCAUCGUCCAUCACACGGAGACCAAGCUGUCCAGAGACGCGUGUGCCGCCGUGGUUGCAGCCACAUGGGCCGCCAGCGCUGCACUGGCCAGCCCGCUGGCCAUCUUCCGCGAGCACGUGACCUUUGAUGUGGCGCCCGGCCGCACCAUUCAGGCGUGUGCCGAGAAGUGGCCCGGCAGUGGUGCUGAUGGCACCAUCUACAGCAUCGCCAUCUUCCUGCUGCAGUACGGCCUGCCGCUCUCCGUGCUGUCCUUCGCAUAUGCCCGCAUCUGGAGCAAGCUGCGGGGCCACACCAGCCCCGGAGCUGGUGGACGUGCCGCUGAUCGUCAACGGCGACGCCGCAAGACCACGAAGAUGCUUGCGGCCAUGGUGGCCGUGUUCGCCAUCUGCUGGUUGCCCCUGCAUGCCUUCCAGCUGGCUGUGGACGUGGACAGCAGUGUCCUGGAUAUGAGGGACUUUAAGUUGCUCUACACGGCAUUCCACGUGGUGGCCAUGUGUUCCACCUUCGCCAACCCCAUCCUCUACGGCUGGAUGAACAGGAACUACAGGGUGGCCUUCGCCUCCGUCUUCCGGUGCGCCCCAGCAGAGAGCGGCCUGAAGAGAGCCUACAGUGGGGGUGCACUGAAGGAAAAGGCCCUCACGCACCAGAGUACAGUCAGCGUCUUAACACAGGCUAACACAGAACUCUGAUGGCUUUCUGUUGUAGAACCCAUGCACAGCUAUAGGGGUAGUACACUGUGUUACCAAUGGAAAUUAAAUGUCAGUCUUCAAAGACAGUAUUGAUAAAUUAUUUAGCAGUUUUAGACAUAAACCUCUGUACACGCAGUACAUGUUGCCAGGCUUUAAAGCUGUAAAAGGGGCUAAAUGAAGGUUAGCUUCUUAAAGCUCCCAUUUGACCAUAAUUUACUGUGGUGUAUAGUGUUAUGGCAAAAGUGAACUCUAAACCAAUGUGAGAAUAAGAUGUCUUGUUAUAUGUUUGUUCCAAGGCUUAUUUUGUCUCUCAAUUUCACUGCAUUAGUUUCAUGUUAUAAUAAGGAGAUUAUGAAGAAUUUACAUUUACAAAUAUAUUAGAUUAAUGAGGUUAAAAAGUAAAUACAAAAAUAAAUAAAUAAUAAAUAAAUACAUAUGAUAUGAUAUGAUGGAUGCCUGGUUGUCAAAUGGAUGCACCUGCACUGCAUCAUUUGAUCUAAUUGUCACACAAGGGAAAC